UAUCGCCAAAGAAAGACAAAAGCCAGCAUGACCCAAAAAUCGUUAGAAAGCUAUGGUGAAGAAGAAGAAGGGCGGCAUCUGCACAAGCAUCGAAAGAUCAGGGACAGUGAAGAAGAAAUGGAUUUUCGGGUGAAGAUUCAGAGGACAGGCAUAAGCAUGACCAAAAAAUCGAUUGAGAAGACUAGUGAAGAAGAAGAAGAAGGUAGUAAGUCCAAGUCCAAGUCCCUUUACAUCUGUAGCUUUGAACGUAACCAGUCGAUUGAUAAGAGUAAGAACUGGGGUGCUUAUGCUGUCCGCGCCGCCGAUCUGACCCAUUUGUAUGAUUCCAAUUCCAAAUUGGAAUUACGGCAAGUGGGUUACAGGGCCGGCGAAGACCUCCCCGCUGCCGGAGGCUGUGGUGUUUUGGGCUCCCGAAUCCUUUUCGCCAGCGGCUUGAAACACAGCUUUGGACCUCGUGGUCCACCUUACGGACCAGAAGCCAGCACACGAGCUUAUGCCUUUGAUACCUCCAACGACACCCCCGACAUAGUCGACAUGGAUGAGAGUUUACACGAGGGCAAACAUAUGCCUUUGACGCUGGAGGUCGCCGGCAAGCUCUAUGUUCUCUCCGCUAAGUGGUAUGGUUUAACUUUAAAUUCAUUUGAGGUUUUUGACCCCAUUCACAGGAAUUGGUCACUUCUCCCGGAAUUUCCAAAUUGUGGUCAAUUCCUCUCUUGUGCAAUUGCUGGCACCAAGCUUUUCGUCUCCAAUGAAAGUCUGCUGCCUUGAUUUGGCCCACCCAACCCAAUGGACACCCGUCCCUACUAUGUGCCAAGACGGCCCUUUUCCCUUUUUAGGUAAAGCUCUCGUGCUCGACACCAAGCACCAUAACAAGAAGAUAAUGUUUACAGCAGAGAACUAUGAUGACUAUGGUUACCGGAGUAGGGUACUAGUUUAUCUUCUGUCCCUCAAUGAAAGCCAAGAAACAAUCACUCCAAUCCAUGAGUUGAAGCUGCCUUACCAGGAGCUGCCCCCUGGUAAACCAAGCCAGUACCAUUUUCUCCAUCUAGGAGAUCACAAUGUCUGCCUUGUCAUUCCCAAGUUUAACCUCCCAUAUGAAGAUCUACCUGAAGACUAUUAUGUCACCCUUGGGACUCAUUUGCUGCAGGCUGCUCUCAUACCUUUUAAAUUUGAAUUUGACAUCUCCAAGGGUAUCACAAAUUGUUUCACUGUCCAAUUCCAGACUCAUCACAUCUUGGAAUAUCGUAGCAACCCAUCCACUCUUCCUUUCACUCGCACACUCGGUUGCUUUGUGCUUUAAUAACUUGUAUUAACUUGGGAUUUAAAUUUCACUAACUGGGUGCGAUUGGAUUCAACAAUGUGGACUUUCCGGUCUAUGAAAUAUGAACACUCAAACACUAUACUGGUUAGUUGGUAUUUUCUGGAUGGAAAUUUGCUGGCAUGCUGAUCUUUUUUUGGUUGUUUUCAGUUUUGCUGUGAACACUGCUGGACUGAUCCUGUUCAAGCACAGUUGCUGCCCUAUUUUGCAUAAGUCGAGUGCGGUAGAGCAAUUACCUAUCCCUUUUUCCAUGUAUCUUAAUAUCCAGCUUUAGAGUCACCGUUCUCAUUGAAGAUGAGACUGAUCAAGCACAUGCAGUCUUAAUGGGCAAAGAAGCAGAAGAAAUCUUUGGAAUCUCAUGCGAAGACUUGAUUAUCAGGAAAAAUUGCAAAAAACCAAAGGAUCAGUCCACAAGAGAUUCUUCAAUUAGAAGGACAGUCAAAUUGCUGAAAUUGAAGCCAGGAAUAAAAAGAGAUUUCCUUAUAAAGGGGAUAUACAAAGAUGAUCACAAGUUCACACCAACCCAAGAUAUCGAACUAACAACUUCCGCGCGAAAUCCUCUUAUGUUUGGAAAGAAGAGGAAGGAAUUGUUCAAAGCAAAACCAAGCAAGAACCCGAAAAGGCAAGUUUUAAAAUCCUCACGUUAAAUUUC